UUUGAUUUUCUCUGUUUCCACCUAUCGGAACAUUCUAGUAGAUUUGGUGAUCUGCAGCAUGGUUCAUAUUUAAACCGGUGAAGUUACAGUUAAUUUGAUUGUCAAUUAAUCUUAAUUGUUUUGCGAUACUCAAUCUUUUUUCAUUCAAUUAUGGCUGGUCUAGGAAAACGAUUAAUUCCUCUAUUUGACCGAGUGUUGAUUGAGAGAUUUGUACCUGAGGUGAAGACCAAAGGUGGAAUCAUGAUCCCGGAAGCUGCUGCUGGUAAAGUAAAUUCUGGCACUGUAGUAGCUGUUGGACCUGGUGCAAGGACCGAUGAUGGUAAAGUUGUUCCCACCGCUGUUAAAGAAGGUGACAAAGUAUUACUCCCGGAAUAUGGUGGACACAAGAUAGAGUUCAACUCGAAAGAAUAUUUUCUUUUCCGUGAAAAUGAAAUUUUAGGUAAAUGGUCCGAAUAAUUUGGUUUGACCUAGUUGAGUAUCAGCCCCGUACAUCAUCUAACCAGAAUUCCUUAGUCCAAAGAUAUUAGAUUUCUAUUAGAACUUUACAAUUCAUGUAACCACAACACUUAAAUUUUGCCAUUUUGGAAUUAAAUUACAUUUUUUUCGUAGAAAAAAAAA